UCAAAAUCCAAACCUCACCUUCGAUUUCGUUUUCGUUUUCCAGAAAGAAUUUUCUCAUUUUUCUCUUAUAGAUAUGGAAAUUUAACUACUUCCGCUUCUGAGGAAAUCCAUUUGUCACUUCAUAUCCUUUUCCCCCCGAAAGCUCCAGCAAUGGCCGCCGUUACUUCACUCUCCUUCUCGGCGAUCGGUCAAUCGCCGGACCGGAAGGCGUUCAAUGCUUCUUCCUCCUCAGCUCGCUGCUUGUCCUCCACUUCCGAUGCGUUUCGCUUCCGCACCAACUUCGCCUUCGAUUCUCUCAAUUUCCGCACUUCGAGUUCGGGUUCGGGCUCGCGCAUGGUAGUUCACUGCAUGUCCACAGAUGUGCCCACUGUGUCAGAGACAAAAACGAAUUUCUUGAGGGCUUACAAACGCCCGAUUCCUAGUGUGUAUAGUACUGUGCUACAAGAACUGAUAGUGCAGCAACAUUUGAUGAGGUACAAGAAAUCAUAUCAAUAUGAUCCUGUGUUUGCCCUUGGGUUUGUUACUGUAUAUGAUAGACUCAUGGAAGGUUAUCCAACUGAAGAGGAUAAGGAGGCCAUUUUCAGGGCAUAUAUUAAGGCACUAAAUGAGGAGCCUGAGCAAUAUAGAGCUGAUGCACAAAAGUUAGAAGAGUGGGCACGCGCUCAGGAUGGCAAUAGCCUAGUUGACUUUUCAUCCAGGGAAGGAGAAGUUGAAAGCAUACUAAAAGACAUCUCGGAAAGGGCUGGGAGCAAAGAUAGUUUUAGAUACAGUCGGUUCUUUGCAAUUGGACUCUUCCGCCUACUUGAGUUAUCAAAUGCAACUGAUCCAACCAUUCUAGAGAAGCUUUGUGCUGCCCUGAAUGUGAACAAACAAAGUGUAGACCGGGAUCUUGAUGUUUAUCGCAACUUACUCUCUAAGCUGGUUCAGGCUAAAGAGCUAUUAAAGGAAUAUGUGGCCAGGGAGAAGAAGAAAAGGGGAGAAAGGGAAUCUCAGAAGUCUAAUGAGGCUGUUACAAAAUGUUUGGGGCAAUACGAGAGUGUAGCUCGGUAAUUCAAAUAUAUUCCUUCUCCCCGCGUGGUCCUCGUUGACAUUUUCCUGCUGUAAACUGUUUAAUGUAUAAUAGAGUUUGGAUCUCCAGAAGCUCAGGCAACCUGCAAAUCUGUAAUGGAAUUUUAAUCACAAUCCUAGAUGUGAUUUUAGAGAUCUAUCCUUUAAUUAUUUUCCCAAAUAGAAAGUUGCUGUAUGUAAUUUCUUCUUCAAGCAAGUGCAACUAAGAAUUAAUUACAAGGAACAACUUCAUCUCGCAUAUUUAUCCUA